CGCCGCUGCCGCCGCGGCUGCCGCCAUGACCUCCACCACCACCAUCACCACCACCAACACCACCACCACCACCACCAACAACAACAACAACCCCGUCUCCACCACCACCACCACCACUGCCUCCCACCAACGCCAGAGCCUUCCCGUCGCCGCCCGUCCUCCGCACUCCAGCGGCAGCGGCAGCGGCAGCGGCGGCUCGCAUCGCGGCGCCAGCGGCGGAGGGAGCGGAGGAGGUGGUGGUGGUGGAGGUGGUGGUGGAGGUGGAGGGGGAGGGACGAAUCAGGCAUGCGCGGCGUGCAAGUACCAGCGGCGCAAGUGCAACCCGGACUGCCCGAUGGCGCCCUACUUCCCCGCCGACCAGCAGCGCCGCUUCCUCAACGCGCACCGCCUCUUCGGCGUCAGCAACAUCCUCAAGACGCUCCGCCACCUCAAGCCCGAGCUGUGCGACGACGCCAUGCGCACGCUCAUCUACCAGGCCGAGAUGCGGGCCCACGACCCCGUCGGCGGGUGUUGCCGCGUCAUCUGCGAUCUCGAGCGCCAGCUCGAGCUCGACACGGCCGAACUCAACACCGUACUCCACCAUCUGGCGAUGUGUCGUCAGGCGGCUGCCGCUGGCGCGUCCGGUAGCGUCGCCGCUGCGCUGCCGGCAGGCGUGUUGGACGACGCGUGCGCCGAUCUCGAUGUCACCUCGUCAAACCAGCCUCUCCUACUCAGUGCGGAGCAUGAGGUCGUUGAUGCGCUCUAUGCCAAUCAAGAAGCCGAUGCUGCGAUCCUACACGCCGACGGCCAUCAUAAUCAGGACGAGAGUCAGCGUGAACACCAUCACGGUCAACCACAGCAGCUUUACGAUUACUUCUACUACGACUCGACCGCCGGUGACGACGUCAGUAGCAAGCCGCAUCUCGACAUCAAUGUCGAUGGAAUGCAGCAUUUUGAUUUCGACACCAACUAUGAUGCUGAACACAAGGUUGAGCUCACAUCCGAUCACCAAAUGCCGGUAGGGGUGGAUGAGCACAACCAGAUUGAUGAUAAGGGGUUCGAGAUAAAGUCGGGACCGUCACUCGUCGAUGUGUUCGACCUUCGGCAGGAGGAGGAGCAAGUGCAGACGGUGGACGUGAACACGGACAUCGAGGUCAAGGAAAUGGUGGAUAUGAACGCCGACAUCGAUGUCAAGACAAUGGUGGACGAGAACAGCAACAUCGACAUUAUCAAGACAAUGGUGGACGUGAACGCCGACAUCGUCGACGUUGUCAAGACGGUGGUGGACGUGAACGGCGACAUUGGUGUUAAAGAGGAGCUGCCGGAGCUGGACAAUGGCAAGAUCAUAGCAGGUGAUGCGACUCAAAUGGCCGAGUCGUCGCAUUGCAGACUAGGAUUAGGUGUUUCUUCGUUCUAAUUGUUCCGUCAUCAUCGUCUCGUCCGUAUGCAUAUGUGAAGGAGGUAUGCAUUCGGAAUUUUCUUGGAGAUGAUGUAGAGAAUUUUGAAAAUUCAGUCGAGUGUUCAAGGGAACAAUUUGAUAUCAGGAUUAGAUUCUUUUUGUAUUUUUGCUAAUAAUAAUAUGGUACGGGUGUGAAUAUAUCUGGCAUUGUAAUUAUCCUACUGCCAAAUAAUAAUUAAUGUAUCUUGGUUCCAUUCA